UCACUGCUGCUCUAAACAGAUUUGUGCACAAAACCCUCGUUGUGUUUUAACUGCUGAGUUGUCUGACCUGCUCUGUCCCGAGUUCACGUUGUUCAUUUUGCUGCACUCAGGGAUAGUCACGUGAUCUUUCUGCACUGUACGUGCCAUUUAGAAUGUGGGGCUGCCAGAUUAGACUGUCAAGAAGGAACUACUUGAUUGACAAAGCAGAACAGAAGGAAAAUGUCAAAGGGGAAACAAAGUGGAACAAGUCUUAUAGAGUUUUGGAACACCUCAUUCUGUAUAUGAAGAAAUGGAAUUCCUUUCCAGAAAGUUUCCUGUUUAAAGUUUGGCAGAGGUUCAGCGACUAUGAGCGGAGAGGAUAUAAGAAGAAUAAAGAUGCAGAUAAUUUCUGUGUGUUAAUAAUUCAACAUUUAGUCGUUGAAGAAAACAUGUAGUUAUUUUUCAACAAAAAAUGGUCACAUGCUGACCCUGGACCUUUAGUAAUAAUUAACUGUGAAUCAUUUGGCAAUAUAAUUAUUUUUCCAAAGAAAUUUAUUGAUACAGUACAAUCCAGUACCCACCACCAAGCUUGAUACUUUUUAAAUAAGGAUGACAAGUGACAUCAAACCGUUCCAGGCGCUGACUAAACUCAACUGUCAGAAAUGCAGAUUCUCCACAAAAGACCCAAAAAGGUACAUAACACACGUGUCUAUUCAUAAUGACAUCAAGUUUGCCUGUUCACAUUGUAGUUAUGUAUCCUACACAAAAGGAGACUUUCAGAGACAUUUGGUGACGCACACCGGCAAAUUCCCUUACACGUGUGAAUACUGUGGUUACGGGGCUAUUCGAAACGAUUACAUUGUCAAGCAUAUCAAAAGAAUUCACGGUGAUGGCAAGAUACAGUGUUCUGUGAGUGGUGGUGAAAACGACUUCAAAAAUGCAUCCGUUAAUUUAAUACAAAGUCAGCUGCAAAACAACGGACAAGAAAUUUUGCAGACAAAAACUUCUGAUGUUAUCGACUUAACAAAUGAUAUAGAAAACGGUGCCACUCAAAUUGCAGCUGAUUCAAAUGGCAAUAAAGUAAGUGCUGUUCAGGGGAGUCUUGUGGAAGUUGAAGUAAUGUCUCCCUUACAAGAGAAAUUAUGUCCGGGAAUGCCCUUAACUGUUGUUGCACCAUCAGCUUUCAAAAUAUUAAGCAACUCUUUCGCUCAGAUUGUGGAUGUAAGGCCCGUUAAUGGUACGUACCGCUUAAUCUUAAAGUGUCUCCAACAGGUGGAACCAGAAUUGGUAGAUUCAACAGAUAAAGAAAUAUAUGAAGGAAAAUGCUUUGAAAAUAAUUCCAAUACUGGCCUAAUAACUGAAACGCCUUCACCUUACACAACUGUGUGUUCAGUGGAAGGUAAUGCUCCUCUGAAUGACUACGGUUUUGUAGAAGCUACAAGCAAAGCUGUUCUUAAUAGAGAGGAAGUUUCUAUUACCACUUCCACUUGUUCUCAAACACAGGUUGCUACAAACAAACAGAUCAUUGUGGAGUCUGUCGCACAAGAAAAUCCUGGGACUGUCAGCCCAGUUUCAGAAGGACCAUUUAUUUCUUCUGUAUUUUCACUUAGCAGUGGCUCACAAAAUAUCCUGGAAGGGAUACGCUGGGAAACCAGCCCUGCCAGUAGCAAAGGAACAAGGCCACUUCAAGACACAAGUGAAACCUUAAACACACCUCAAAGGCAACCAACUAAUUUAACUUGUGCCACCUCUGGAAAUAAGUCAAAUCAGCAUUACGACAAACACAGACAACCGGAUGAAUUAAAACAAGCUUUUGGCCCCGAAACAUCUGUAACAAGUGUUAAAUCUUUACCUGUCCGUGAUUCAUUUGACAUGCAAUGUUCUCUGUUGUUAAAUCGUGGGAAGAUGAAUAUGCAUGAAGCUCACAGCAACCCUAAAGAAACGAAUGUUUUUGCCAAACCGCAAACCCUUUUUCUGUCUUCUGACAAAUCGGUUGUCAUGCAGCCAGUUACCUGUGCGGUACAAAACGAGCCGAAGCUGUUAACGAAAUCCAUCUCUUGUGUUGCAGCAGCUAAACAACAACCGGAAAUACAGCCUAUGGAUGCUGAAAAAACAAAUACAAUUGCGAGGAAUGAUAACACGCAGGCUUCUAGAAAAGAAAAAAGUUAUUCUAACCAACGGGCGGAAAUGGCUUUCAAACCUGUAUCUUCACAAACUCUCAGGCUUCUGCCUGCUAAACCUGAUCAGUUACUGCAUAUUCCUUCCUAUAAGCAGCCAGUGGUUGUAUUAAAUCAUCCAGAUCUGGAUACAUUGGAGAUUAUCAGUGUUAUGACCACCAUCAAUAAAUUUAAAGGAAAAGUCGUUAAAGUAACACUGUCCAAACAAAUGUGUGAGCCAAAACUCUUGUGUAAUUGAAAAUCUUUUGACCUAAGAUAAGAAAAGUGUUGUGUAAUUUUAUUAUACAGCUGUUUAUGUAAGUUAAUGGUCACCACUAGGAAUCUUAUGGAGACGUCAUCAGGUUUUUAAAAAAACAAAAAACUUCUGACCUCAUAAAUUAAUUUUUGAUGCCUACAGUUUUUUUUUUUAUUAGUACAUGUACAUACUUUAAAUGUGCCUUAAAUGAACAUUUCAUUAAAUCCUGUUGGGGAUUAUACAUCUCUGUUAGGACUUGUUCUAUUAAAUGGCUGCUCCAAUAUGCAUCAGCUGUUAGUCUUUCACUGGAAAAGUAUCCAUUGCCUAUGUAUGGGGACCCAACCCCUGGUUAUUAGGAAUACAGUAUUUUGUGUGAUUCUACACUUGUUACCAGGGUUAUUAUGUUAACAACUUAUACUCACAUUUUCCUUACAAAAAAAGUAACUUUGUCUUUAGGUAGAUAUGCUGAUAUGUAAGGCUGCAGAUAUUUUUACUGGAAGUUAUUUUUAAAUUAGGAAGUUUCUAAUUGCUGAAUUGAACUGUGAUGGCGUUCCACUAUGUGGAGCAGAUAACUUAACCUUCAUAGUAUUAUAUAAGUGCUUUUCUUCAGUAUCUGGCAGGUUAACACAAUGGCCAGCUCCUCUAGUUGAGUAAAAAUUCUAUAACUUGUUAUGACAGUUCAUUUUACGUAAAGGGAUGUUUUAAUUAAGACUGAAUACUUUUAGUAUGUCUUCCUCAUAUCAAAACAUGGUGAAACCUUCAGAUUUACUGUAAUGUGCUGCAUGCAUCUUUUGUUUUUAUCAGUAUUUAAGUUGAAGUAGUUUGUAAAGCAAUUGUUCCUUUUAUUUUGUGAGACCAUCAGUUGAAACUCUGCUCAUCAUUAAACAUGAUUUCUAAUAAUAAA